UAGGAGGCCGUCACAUAGUAACCCAAAAACCCUAAACCCACGACUCCACCCCUUUCCAACCCUAAACCCUAAAACCCUUCUUUUCCUUCUUUCAAAACAUCUGUAACGUCUCUUUCCAAGCCCCUCUUCCUGCUGUCCCAGGCAUUUGCACAAAUAUCUAACCUGCAUUGAGUGAAAGAAGGCAAUGCUAUUUCAUUUCUAAGAAAACCCUGAAAUGCUCAGCGGCAGCAGUGAUGCAAAAGCUGUGGCGGAGAAGCCCAGGUCCCCUUCUUUGUUCUGUGGGGCCCACUCCCCCACCUUGGCGUUCCCGUAGGGCGAGUACCAAGCUCCAUCUUCCUCCUUCCUUUCCCAUGCCUGCUUCCCAUCUCCGCCCCUCUCCUCCGCCUUUCCGCCGCUGCCUCCCUCUACGGCCUCCCUUGACAGCGGUCAAGCUCUCCCGCUGCGUUGCCUCUCUUGACUGCGGGCCCGCUAGGGCUUGGUUGGUCUCUAAAGAUGCGGGGCCCGCCAUCCGGUCCGCUUGGUUGCACAGCAGGUCCGACGGGGCAUCUUGGGUGGCCGAGGGCCUGAAGAAUUCAGGGAAGCACAGUUGCGAUGGUAGGCCGGGGGAAGAAGAUGGCCUGUCGCCGCUGUCAUCCGUUACUGAGGGGAAGCCACUGCCACCUCAGCAGUUGCAGAGGGAGAGGAGACAUAAGGGUUCUGGUGGUGGUGCUGCUCUUCCCGGGAAUCAUCCUGAUCUUUUGGCCAUUCCGGGUGUGGGCCCGAGGAAUCUGAGGAAGCUGGUUGAUAAGGGUAUUGGUGGUGUUGAAGAGCUCAAGCAACUGUACAAAGACAAAUUUCUUGGAGAGUCUAGUCAGAAGAUGGUAGAUUUUUUGCAGAGUUCAGUAGGAAUUAUUCAUAAAAAUCAUGCGGAGAGUAUAACGUCUUUCAUCAAAGAGAGUGUGGAUGAAGAGUUAAAAGAGGAAAGCCCUCACGCUGAUGCGAAGCCUGCCCAGAAGAAACGGCUAACGUUCUGCGUAGAGGGAAAUAUCAGUGUUGGAAAGACUACUUUCCUUCAGAGGAUAGCUAAUGAAACACUGGAAUUACGUGACCUUGUCGAGGUGGUUCCGGAGCCCAUUUCCAAGUGGCAGAAUGUGGGCCCUGAUCACUUCAACAUACUCGAUGCAUUCUAUGCAGAUCCUCAGAGGUAUGCCUAUACCUUCCAAAAUUAUGUGUUUGUAACAAGGGUUAUGCAGGAACGAGAAUCUGCUGGUGGAGUUAAACCUCUCAGACUGAUGGAAAGAAGUGUUUUCAGCGAUAGAAUGGUCUUUGUGCGAGCUGUUCAUGAAGCAAAAUGGAUGAAUGAAAUGGAGAUCAGCAUCUACGAUUCGUGGUUUGAUCCUGUUGUUUCGUGCAUGCCUGGACUUAUACCUGAUGGAUUUAUCUAUCUUAGAGCUAGCCCUGAUACCUGCCACAAGCGACUGAAGCUUCGUAAGAGAGAGGAAGAGGGUGGUGUAACCCUGGAUUAUCUGCGUGACUUACAUGAAAAGCAUGAAAGCUGGUUAUUCCCCUUCCAAGGUGGAAAUCAUGGUGUAUUGUCUGUCAGCCAGUUACCCCUCCCUAUGGGCACUUCUUUACAUCCUGAUAUAAGGGAUCGCGUGUUCUAUUUGGAAGGCGACCAUAUGCAUUCAAGCAUUCAGAAGGUUCCUGCUUUGGUUCUGGACUGUGAACCGAACAUUGAUUUCAGCAAAGACAUCGAAGCCAAGCAACAGUAUGCUCGACAAGUGGCUGAGUUUUUUGAGUUUGUGAAGAAAAAGAAAGAGGUCCCAUCUCCAAAUGCUAGUGAUGAUCAGAAAGGUUCAAGCCAACAGAUACUGAUGCCCCAUAAGAGUGGAAUGUGGGUCCCUGGAGGGAAUCAUUUCCCUGAAUCGGCACUGAAAUCUCUGGAUUUCAGACGAGCUAUGUCAUCGUUCUUGUCCAGUUAGCUGCCUUUCUUAAGGUGCCUGGUUCUCUUUUCAUUUCUGGGUGAUGCUUUGUUUUGCCCUUCUAUGUAAAAAUGUCUCUGGUUCAUACAGAGUUAGUUUGUCUUCUCUCUCUUUCUUUUCUUUUCUUUUCUUUUCUUUUUUUUUUUUUUUUUUUUUCUGUGGGUUUAGAAGACAGGUGUAGGGUAAUCAGAUGUUGGUGUCCCCUGAACUCUCUCACCACAUCACUAAUGUAUGCACUGAUGUGUUCUUUCUAUCUAUUAAAACAGCCAUGUUUCUUUCCAGUUAAAGGCGGAACUUGA